UUUUAUAGGAGUCUGAGGGAAGGAGACAGCGCCAGGUCGGAUACCACAACAGCGUGUGGCCGAAUCGCUUGCACACACAACUUGUGGUAUAAAAAAGGGUGGAUGUGGCACCAGGAGCAUCACACUGCUUGGAUUUUGCUGUGCACCUGUCUUCACACCUACAACAUGCCAGGGAACAGGAUUGUGGUGUUUGCACUGGUGGCUGCGCUGCUUCUAUCUAGUGCAGCUGGAGAGGCUAAAGAGAGUAAAGUAUUACAGGAACUUCUAGCCAGGGGGGAGAAAGCGAGAGACUCGGCUAGCAGACAGGUGCCUCAGACUCGCUCUGCACCGAUGGAGAGACGGGCACACCUGUCUGGGGACGAACGAGAGAUCAUGACGAAACAAAUAAUGCAAGCAAUUUCAGAGAUGAUGAACUCUGGGUGCAUGUCAGAUCGGGAUUACCAGGGCUGGGUGGACUUCGGACGCCGGGAUGCAGAAUGAUACACAACAGUUGCCGCAACAGCCGGAGAGCUCACACUU